AUGGACAGUACUGUGGAGCAAGUUCAGGAUCGGGGUCUGCUGCCCACUACAAGCUCCAACACGGUUACAAAUAAUGUCAACACCGCCACUAUCAGCAAUACGAUGAACGAUGAACCACGAGUUGAAGUGUCUAUUGUCGGCAGUCCGGAGGUUUUUGGCGGACAGGAGGCUGUAGGUGUGACCAAGUCCUCAGGUUCCCCUGAUAGCCAUGAAGAGAGACACAUUGAAAGAUGCGAUGUAGUUGCUUCACCAUCAGACCCUCGCCCACCUAAAAAGCGAUACACGGGCUCAGAUACAGGUACUGCCGACCUUCCUCCACCUGAAUCACCUAGCGGUGCACAACUCCCGCGCGCUGCACCUCUUCCGUCAGCAUUUUGCGAUGCACGGCAAGUACCGACGGGCGAGCAGUUCCUUCAGCUUUUAUACAACUGGCAGUGGGUAGAAAUCGACAACACACAACUACCCUCAGUCAUGCGGGGCGGCGAACGAUUCCUUGCCGUGCAUAUGGUUCAACUAAAACUGUUAAGCAAAUUUCCUCCUGCUAUUCCUGCGGAGAUAAUUUCUCGAUUUACAAUGGUCUCACAUAAGAUGAGUACAGUAGAAGCUUGGCAAUUCAACGCCAUUAAUGCCAUCAAAAGGAAGUUCGACCUUGGUUGUCAGUUGUUCACCACCCAGGACGAGGUAGUGAGACUAAAUGAUGUGCAGAUGUUCUACUGGAAUGUCAAGGCGCUUAAUCUGAGCAGAAUUAUCCAGCAGUAUGACGCUGAACUCCAAAAUACUAAUGGAAAUCUCACUCUCAUUGCCACCAUUCAAUCGCUUAAGAACCAUGUGGAAACUGACCUAGAACGUGUCCGGAAAGAGCUGCGUAGCUUGACUGAACAGCACCAGGGCAUGAUGCAACCGCCAGCUACCACAUCAACAGUACCUUCAGCAUCAGGCAACGUGAUCACCAUCGAUGACCAUCAUCAUCACGUAUCUAACGGAGCUAUGAUAACCUCAUCGCUUAACGAAGCACAACAAAAGGAUAUAAAUGUUUAUUCUUAA